AUGUCGACGCCAUCGACGGCGUGCGUGAUCGCCAACGCGUCGAGAUUGAACUUCGACGGGGCGAUCGAUUUUAGUUCCAUCGUUCGAGCGUGCGGGGGAGACGCGGACGCGGUCGAGAUCAGGGGGGUGGACGCGACGCCGAGCGCGGAUGCGAUCGCUGCGAUGUGCGUCGGUCGAAAAAUUUUAAUCACCAAGGAGGUUUUCGUGGACGUGGAGAAACUCCCGAGAACGAUCGAGAUGAUCGCCGAGGCGGGAACGGGAUACAAUAACAUCGACAUCGAGAGGGCGCGAGAGUUGGGGAUCACGGUGACGAAUGUGCCGUCGUAUUCCUCGGACGCCGUGGCGCAGUUGGUGAUUACUUUCGUCUUGGCGAGCUCGGUGGAGUUGUGCGAGCAAUACGGCGCGCUUCGACGAGGCGAUCGAGAUGGAUUCAGGGAAGAUUUCGGAGGGUUACCGAAGAUGUUCGAGCUGAGAGGGCGCUCGAUCGGGUUGGUCGGUGGGACGGGCGGGAUCGGCUCGCGCGUGGCGGAGCUCGCGAGAGCGCUCGGGAUGAAGGUAUUGGUCUUCUCCAGGAGCGCGCAGACGUGCGAGGAGUACGAGGCGACGACGUUCGAUGAGCUCAUGAAACGAAGCGAUUUUAUCAGCGUGCACUGUCCCCUGAUGCCGUCGACGCGGGGGUUAAUCGACGCUCGAGCGAUUUCUUUGAUGAAGCCGACAGCAAAAAUCAUCAACACCGCAAGAGGCGCCAUCAUAAACGAACGCGACUUGAUCGAGGCUCUCAAGGCGAAGAAAAUUGCGGGCGCGUGUUUGGAUGUUCAGGAAGUUGAACCUCCGGCGUCGACCAGCGAGCUUUACACCCUGGAGAAUGUCUACAUGACUCCGCACAUCGGUUGGAAGCGAGUGGAAACGCGACAGCGCUUGGUUGACUGCGUGGCAGAAAACAUUCACGCCUUCAUAUCUGGUAGCCCGAUAAACGUCGUCGAACCGUAG